AUGUCUCUCGGAAAGAAGUUCACCCUCAACACUGGUGCUCAGAUCCCCCAGCUGGGAUUUGGCACCUGGCAGUCUGCCCCCGGUGAAGUUGGCGAGGCUGUCUACCAUGCCCUGAAGGCCGGUUACCGUCAUUUGGAUCUGGCUACCAUCUACCAGAACCAGCGCGAGGUUGCCGAAGGUAUCAAGCGCGCCUUCAAGGACAUUCCCGGUCUUAAGCGCGAGGACCUGUUCAUCACAUCCAAGCUGUGGAACAGCCAGCACCACCCCGACGUUGUUGAGAAGUCUCUGGAUAAGUGCCUUGCUGAGUUAGAGUUGGACUAUCUCGAUCUCUACCUCGUCCACUGGCCCGUUUCGUUCAAGACUGGCGACAACUAUUUCCCUCGUAUCGAGGCCAGCACCGUUGAGGGCGGUGAUGUCCAGAUUGAGGACAAUAUCAGCAUCGUUGACACCUGGAAGGCCAUGACUAAGCUUCCCAAGUCGAAGGCUCGCGCCGUCGGUGUCUCCAACCACAACAUCGACCAUAUUGAGGCUCUUAUCAACGCAACCGGUGUUGUCCCUGCUGCCAACCAGAUUGAGCGUCACCCAGUGCUUCAGAGCAAUGAUUUGGUGGAGUACUGCCAGAAGAAGGGCAUUCACGCCUUCGGUAACAAUGGAUACGGUGUUCCCCUGCUGAUCAACCGCCCCGAGAUCAAGGAGGUGGCCGACUCUGCCGCCAAGAGACUGGGUACCCCCGUGAGCGGCGCGCAUGUCAUCCUGGCGUGGUCCCAGGUUGGCGGCCACAGUGUCAUCCCCAAGUCGAUCACUCCUUCCCGUAUUGCCGACAACUUCAAGGAGAUCGAGCUUACUGCGGAGGAAGUGGAGAAGGUGUCUGCUCUGGGCAAGGAGCGUCGACGUUACAACACACCGUACGUGGCUAACAAGCCUCGUUGGGAUAUUAACAUCUUCGGCGAGGAGGAGGAGAAGCCUGCUACUCACAAGGUUAUUCUGUAG